AUGUCCCCACUGCCAAGAUGUUGGAUGUGCCUGAGGUUUGUGGCCAUCCUGGUGUCUCUCACACUGGUGUGGACCAGCCAAGAACUUCUGGGAGAGAGGACGUACAUGAAUGAAACCACUGGGAUGGAGCACACAAGCGACACCGUGGAAAUAAAGCACAGGAAUGAAACAGCCUUGAUUGUGAAUGAAACCAGCAGGGCAGCAAAUGGAGUGGAGGACCUUGAGGAGGCACUCAAAGAGCAGGGAUACUACCUGCAAAGGCUGUUCCUGCAGUAUGGGGAGAACGGGACCCUAUCCUUUGGGGGUCUUCAGAAGCUCCUGGGCAGCUUGGGCCUAGGAGAGGUUACUGUGCUGGAGAUCCACCACCAGGAUCCAAAGCAUAGUUCUCCAGGUUCUGCACAUGUCCACGACCUCCACCCACCUGCUCUAUCGACUGUGGCCCCAUACACUGCCAGGAGCAUACGUACUGAGAACACUUGGGUUAGGAAUGGUUCCACAGAUGGUUCCCACAGCGGCAAGACUUUUUCCAGCGGAAAGAGGAAGGAUCACAAUGAGCUGUCUACUUUGUCAAACCCCAACCUGCGUCAGCCAGAGCUAAAAAACAUUUUUUUUGUGUUGGAUCACCCCACAAAGAAUCAUCUCCAUGGUAAUUGUUUGAAUGUCUCUCAGCUCCUGUGGAACUUUGGCCUUGGAGAAGCGCCUCACAUCACCCCGUCACAUUUCACCUUGCUGUGCCCUGCCCUCUUGUACCAGAUUGACAGCAGAGUCUGUUUGCGGCACUCAGAACAAAAUAAUAUAGGAGGGCAAAAGGGUGUGACUUUUGUCAUUGCUUUAGGAUGGGGAGCUUUGGCUCUGGUGGUCAUCAGCUUGCCGUCCCUGCUGGCCAUAGGCACGGUACCCCUGUUACCCCCUGCCCGGCUCCACAGCCUCCUGCGCCCCAUGGCAGCCCUGGCUGUGGGCACUUUAUGUGGAGAUGCCCUGCUUCAUCUUCUCCCUCAUGCGAGUCCUGGAACUCACACUGCGUCAGGGCAGCAGGACGCUGUACUGAAGGGCCUUUGUGUGCUCGCUGGCAUCUAUCUGCUCUUUGUAGUCGAGGGCAUUUUGGAGCUACAGCGCCAUCACAAGAGAGGGAAGAAGGAGCGUCAACGCGGUGCACUUGCAGACAGGAGAGCUGAGACCGAGCUGACUGUGCUGCAGGGGACCUCUUCCACCGAGGAAGGACGUCCGCCUGAGAGCAUGAGUGGGACAGGGCACGGCCACAGCCAUGUAGCCCGGGGUCAUGCUGGGAUGGCGAGCCUGGUGUGGAUGGUGGUAACGGGCGAUGGGAUUCACAACUUCACAGAUGGACUGGCCAUUGGAGCUGCUUUCUCCCAGAGUGUGGCGGGAGGAUUGAGUACCACCGUGGCCGUGUUCUGUCACGAGUUGCCACAUGAGCUAGGUGAUCUGGCGGUAUUGCUGGCAGUGGGCUGGCCUGUGAAGAGGCUUCUCCUCUUCAGCGCACUCUCGACAGUGCUGGGCUUUGUGGGCCUGCUGGCGGGCACUGUCCUGGGCCACCACUUUGAACAGCUCUCCCCGUGGAUCCUAGGCAUCACUGCAGGGGUCUUCCUCUACGUUGCUCUUACAGACAUGAUGCCAGAGAUGUUGCGUGGAGGCCGUGGCAAUCUGGCACCCGUGACCGGCUUCCUCCUGCAGAACCUGGGUCUCCUGACCGGUGGCGCCAUCAUGCUCAGCAUUGCAUUCUUUGAGGAGGACAUCGCCUUCAACUUGGGUGACAACUGA